GAGGAAAUAGAAGAGCGGAACUGUUUUUGUCUCAAGUUUUGAACAAUAUUUCUUGUUCAGGAUAUUAAUAUUCCAUAGAAGACAGAAGCCUCCGCUUUUUCAUUUUACAACAGUGCAUUUUUUUUUUUUUUUUAAACAUUGCACUAAGUAAAACAUGUUUUGUAGGUAUUUCAUGGCAAUUUUUUCAGUUUUACUUCUUCUAUCAUGGUGUUAUACAGCACACACCCAGAAGCCUAAUAUUGUAAUAUUUAUGGCGGAUGAUCUUGGAAUUGGAGAUAUUGGAUGCUAUGGAAAUAGUACUAUAAGGACUCCUAACAUUGACAGAUUAGCAAAGGAAGGAGUAAAACUUACUCAUCACAUAGCUGCUGCCUCCGUAUGCACUCCAAGUAGAGCAGCAUUUUUGACAGGACGGUAUCCUAUUAGAUCAGGAAUGUCUGGUCACGAUGGUUAUUUGGUUCUGAUGUGGACUGCGGUAUCAGGGGGCCUGCCACCUAACGAAACAACAUUUCCUACAAUAUUGAAGGAAGAAGGUUACACUACUGGUAUCAUAGGAAAAUGGCAUCUUGGUGUACAUUGUAAAUCCAGUGGAGAUUUCUGCCAUCACCCAUUAAAUCAUGGCUUUGACUUUUUUUAUGGCUCAGUUUUUACUUUGGUGAAUGAUUGUGAUGCUUCAGCACCAAGUGAAAUGCAUACUAGUUUUAAAGAAAAACUGUGGUUUUAUGCAGAGAUGUUUGCAGUAACACUGAUCGCUGCCAUAGCCGGACAGCUAAAGAUGAAAAUAAAAGUUCUAUGGUGGGUCAUUAUUAUUUUUGCCUCUCUUGGCAUUAUUUUUUUUGCCUAUUGGAGCACAGCUUACUACUUCUUUCGAUACUGGAACUGUAUUUUAAUGAGAAACUAUGAAAUCAUAGAACAGCCAAUGGCUAUUGAAACCACAGCCUUGCAUAUUGUAAGAGAAGCAAAGGAUUUCAUCACCAGGCACAGAAAUGUCCCUUUCCUCCUUUUUGUAUCGUUUCUACAUGUGCACACUCCUCUGGUUACCACAAAGAAAUUCAUUGGAACAAGCAAACACCAAUUAUAUGGAGAUAACAUUGAAGAAAUGGACUGGAUGAUUGGAGAAAUACUUCAUACUAUUGAUCAAGAAGGAUUAGUGAACAAUACACUAACUUAUUUUACAUCAGAUCAUGGGGGUUAUCUGGAGGGUAUAUUUGAAAGCAGUAAUGGAAUAUACAGAGGUGGGAAAGGUAUGGGAGGACUGGAAGGUGGCAUACGUGUGCCUGGGAUAUUUCGAUGGCCUGGUGUGAUUCCUGCAAAUACAGUUAUUGAUGAACCAACAAGUCUUAUGGAUGUGUAUACCACAGUCACCCUUCUAGGGGGAGGAAAAUUACCACAAGACAGAAUUAUUGAUGGCAAAGAUCUAAUGCCUUUGUUACAAGGACGGUCUUCACACUCUUACCAUGAGUUCAUGUUCCAUUACUGUGCGGAUCAUUUGCAUGCUGUCCGAUGGAAUGAAAGAAGCAGUGGAACAGUUUGGAAAGUUCAUUACAUGUCUCCAAUAUUCAGUCCAGAGGGAGCAGGAGCAUGUUAUGGAUCAAAAGUAUGUCGAUGCUCUAAGGAUCAAGUCAAUUACCAUGUUCCUCCACUGCUUUUUAACCUUUCCAAAGACCCUUCUGAGAAAUAUCCACUUUCUUAUGAUUUGGUCCCAUAUAAUGAAGUCCUUCAGAAGAUAAAUCAGGCUGUGGCAAACCAUAAUAGGACUAUAGAACUAGUCCCAAAACAGCUGUAUGGCAUAAACAACUUCUGGAAUCCAAAACUACAGUUAUGCUGUGGGACAUUUCCAUUUUGUUGGUGUAACAAAGAGACUAAUAUAUAAUGAUUUACAAUUAGGAUGUGUAUUUUAUGGUUACUUUCCUAAAAUCACAACUGACCCAAGAUUAUUCAAAUUUAACAGCACAAUGAAAGCUAUCAUAACAGUAUUUCUUUUUAAUGAUGCGAUGAGUCCACGGAUCAUCUAAUUACUA